AUGGACGAGUUCACCGCAGUUCCCGAGCUCGAGCGGUCGCAGCCAGGAUCUGUUGAGUCUGGCUCGCGAUCACAAACACCAGCGCUGUCGUCCGGUCCACAAAAGAGAGGUCCGGCUACGCAGACCGGCGAUCAGAAAGCGAAGAAGGCGAAAACAAACAAGAAAUUGAAUCCAAAAGAGCAAGUCAAAAACUCCAACAGUCGAGCAUCGUCGCAACCCCCCACACCCAACGCUGAACCAAACAAGGGAUCACAAAAGGCUCGAGUGUCCGCGUCUGCUACCAAAAAGGCAGUCGAAAAAGAGUAUCCGGUUCCCAUACGUCUCAAUCUGCCUCCCUACAAGCCCGAGGAUUUGACGGCACUUCCACGACUACCCGCGUUCAUAACCCCGCCGACAUGCUCAAGUUUCCAGCACCCGCAAACAGGCGAAGAGAUCGAGCUCUAUUCAACCGACGAUCACCCAUUCAAUCGACGUGGCUUCCGCUAUAUUCCCUGCGAGGCAAGUCCCGAGUUUCCGGCCCUGGGUUAUCGGCAGAUCGAGCUGCCACCGUACAUCCCGCGCGUGAGCUACGAAGACAUGAGCUCGCACAUCUUGGUGGACAGGGAGACGUCUACGAUUGUGUCGACUGAGAAGGGCUACAGAACAGCAAGAGCCAACGUCGGCGUUCGAGAGGGACGGUGGUACUGGGAAUGCGUUAUACUCAAGGGCAAUACCGGUCCUGAGGACGGAAAUAUUCGCAUUGGAUGGACUAGGCGUGAAGCUUCGCUGGAAACUCCUGUCGGAUUUGAUGCCUAUGGUUAUGGCGUUAGAGAUGUCACGGGUCAAAAGAUGUACAUUUCUCGAGGAUCAAAUUUUAUGAAGGAACCGUUCAAAGCCGGCGAUGUGAUUGGACUAUAUAUCUCCCUUCCUCCGAUUUCAUACCAGCUGCAAGCUGCAAAUUCGGCAAAGGGGAAAGCUCCUGCCAAGCUGCUAAAGGAUUCAAAGUCUCACGAAGUGUCAAACGUCAUUCGUGAUCGGUUUCCGACAAAGUAUAAGGGACAGCUCUAUUUUGAGCAGUAUGAAUGCGUGCCGGUCAAACACAUGCAGGAUCUUCUGAAUCAGUCAUCGAGCGACGACGCUGCGGCGCGAGAAAAGGAACUUAGAGAGCAGGGACUGCCACAUUCGAGUAUAAGAAUCUACAAAAAUGGGAAAUACGUCGGAACACCGUUCGAGCGGUUACUACCGUUUUUGCCCCCGCACAGUGCACCCCUGACCGGUCCAGAUGCGCGCGUUGUCGACGACGGACAGCUGGGAUAUUUUCCUUCAAUAAGCGUCUAUCGCGGUGGCGUUGCGCAGUUCAAUUUCGGCCCUGAUUUCCACUAUUUUCCUGCUGAUCUACGACAUGAAGCGAAAUCGGCUGAUAUCCUCAAGUCGGUGAGACCGCUGAGUGAACGGUACGCGGAGCAGAUUGCGGAGGAUGUGUUGUGGGAUAUCAUUGAUGAAGUGAAUCUUGAAAUCGGGAAAGAGAACGACGGAAGCGACGUUGAAGACUAG